UACAAAGCAAUGACAUAGACAUAACCUAAAAGUUUGGAAACCAAGCUCAUGCUUUUAUAAAUUAUUAAGAAUUCCUGAAAUAAUUUAAAUAGUUAGCAUUAAAUGACUUGGAAAUCAGAUAUUAGAAGAUUUAAUUCGAUUUACUAGAGUUCAAAAUAAACAAUGGAGAAUGAAGUUAAUAAGAAACAUAUACCAGGAGAUGGAUUACGAUCUCUUCGAAGUACAUCAUUAUUUAGAGCUAUUAACUUUGAACUCUAUGUUAAACCAAAUAAAAUUAUAAUGGCCUUUGGAUUAAUUGCUAUGGCUGGUGCUAGUGGUUAUAUAAUUUAUAUGAGAUCAAAGUAUGAAAAAAUGGGAUAUUACACAGCAGUUGAAUCAGAUGGUACAGAAUCUUUUAAAAAAAGAGCAUCAAAAUGGGAUUUGUAGUUGGUUUUAU